GUGGUGAGCACUGCAGAGCCGUGUAGUGUGUGUCGGAUUUCAUUCUGAGAGAGACUCACGAGCGCGCAGCAGUCUGACAAACCCGUCAAAUGGCACGACCGAAGCACACAGACUCCCACUAGAGCCGGACCUCACUAACUAAUAUCUCCAUGCACUUGAUCGAGCAGCAUGCCUCUGCUGAGGUCGUUUUGAAGAGUGACAUUUUCACGUGAAAAACGGUUAAUUUACUUGAAAGGAAAACUUUAUCAGUGAUCAAGAAUCCCGUCAGACUGAUAAAGAAGUGGAUAAACGUUAACCUGCCUAAAUAUACGCUUCCCAAACAUGGAGGACAUGAAGUCGCGAGUAUCACCUCAGUCCGGUUGGGAGAGGACCUGCGGUCAGCAUCCCUGUCAAAAGCGCCUUUUGACGAACUGGAAGGACGUGUGUGCUUUCUGUGCGUGUUUAAUCUCGUUUGGAGUUUGUGUGUUGCUCUACCUGAGGACGUCAGAUCUGCAGUCCAGAGUGCUGAGUUUGGAAAAGGACAGAGAUCCCCGUAUCUCCAGUUGGAUCUCCCUGGAACAGGUGGAGCCCGUCCUGUGGAGUCGAUUAGAUCAGAUAUUAGAGGAGAAACUAGCUGCACGUCUACCGAAGAUACGGUCGGCUCGGGAUGCACCUCACAGCUGCGUCUGUCCACCAGGACCUCCUGGUUUGAGGGGAAAGAAAGGCCGGGAUGGUUUUCCAGUCAUCCAGUCAUAG